AUGGGGUUUUUAGAGGCUGCUCUGUGUUCCUGGAGGAGUGUCUCCCACCCCUCCCAGGAGGCAGGACCACAGCAGCAGCAGCAGCACCUCUCCCACUCCCUCGCCACAACCACGUCUGGAGCAGCCAUGGGGAAAGGAGCAGCACCAGAGCCCGACAGCUCGGAAGAGGAGCUGGAAGUGGGGGGUGCCCCCCAAGGGUUCUACGGGCAGGAUCUGUGGGUGUCCCAGGGAAGUGAAGCAGCCACCAGGGUGAGGGACACGCAGGAGAUGAAGGUGAGGAAGAGGAGCAGGCCGGCACGCUCCAAGGCCAGGAGGAUGGCUGCCAAUGUCAGGGAGCGUAAGAGGAUCCUGGAUUACAACCAAGCCUUCAAUGCCCUGCGGCUGGCCCUCAAACACGACCUGGGUGGCAAAAGGCUUUCCAAAAUCGCUACCCUCCGGCGAGCCAUCAACAGGAUCACGGCUCUGUCCCUCUCCCUGCACGGCACGGGGCGCUGCGGGCCCUGCACUCACUCCGAGUGCCGGGGCAGGGCCGGGGUCCCUGGGCGGGAGCCGGGGAUGAAGCCCAGCUGCCCCCAGGUCCCAUGGGAGCCCGGUUCUGUGGGCACUUCCAGCUCUCAGCGCUGCCCUCCGUCCUCUUUCUAUGCUGGAUUUUAUCCCGAGACGCAGCUCCAGCGCUACGAGAGCCCAGAGGAGGAUCACUGCCUGCCCAGCCCUGCCUGCUGCUCCGGUGGCACCCAGCACCCUGCGCCCCGAGGCCAGCAGAGAUACACGAGCCUGCGAGACCCCCUGCCUGGGGCCAUCCCCUGGCAGCUGGGCUAUUGCCAGAGCUGGGGACACCAGCAGUGCCACCCCAUCCACUGA